GCAACUUGCCAUGAGCAUCACACGGCUGGGGACCUGAACAGUCGUCGGGUCGCUUCUGUGGAAGAGGGGAAGAAGAUGCCUCAUGGACCGCUCCAUCACCGCCAGUGCGCAAGUUCAGGGCAUCACAGCCGCCGAAUAACAAAGCAAUGCCGAGGUUUAGCGCCAGAUGGAUUGUUGCGGUGGUGCUGAUCCUCCUAGUCGGCGCUUUCUUCUUCUGCGAGUAUCUCAUCUACUUCCCGACCAUCCUCAAGUGCGCCUGGCCGAAGAUCAGCCCUGCACGGGGCGGCGGAGAAGGCAUCGACGGCCGCCCGAUGGACUCAACAGUCCGCGCUAUGGUGCUGUCGGACACCCACCUCCUCGGAGCCGUCGGGGGACACUGGUUCGAUAAGCUCAGGAGGGAAUGGCAGAUGGAGAGGGCUUUCCAGACCGCUCUGUGGCUGCUCAGGCCCGAAGUAGUGUUUAUUCUCGGGGAUAUCUUCGACGAAGGCAAGUGGAGCUCGCAGAAGCACUGGGAUGACGACGUGCGCCGCUUCCACAGGAUGUUUCGACACUCCCCUGACACAGAACUGGUUGUACUGGUUGGAAACCACGACAUCGGUUUCCAUUACGAGAUGGACUGGUUCAAGCUGCAGCGCUUCGAGAAGGUCUUCAACGCUUCCUCCACCAGGAUCGUCACCAAAAAGGGAGUCAAUUUUCUGCUGGUGAACAGCGUGGCGCUGCACGGUGACGGGUGUCCCAUCUGCCAGUCGGUGGAGAAGGAGCUGAUCAAACUCUCCAGAGACCUCAACUGCUCUCUUCAGAACUCGCAGUCGGGCGGCGGAGUGACGGACAGCUGUGAGGGCUCGCAGCUCUACCCCCCCACAUCCCCCAUCAUGCUACAGCACUAUCCUCUGUACAGAGUGAGCGAUGCGGGCUGCACCGGGCUGGACGCUGCACCGCCUGAAGAGCGACACCUGCUGUUCAGAGAGAAGUACGACGUGUUGUCGAAGGAGGCGUCACAGAGGCUGCUGCAGUGGUUUAAGCCCCGCCUCAUCCUGAGCGGACACACCCACAGCGGAUGUGAGGUUCUCCAUGACAACAAGUACCCGGAAAUCAGCGUGCCGUCCUUCAGCUGGAGGAACAGAAACAACCCCAGCUUCAUCCUGGCGUCGGUGUCACCCAACAGUUACGCUCUGUCCAAGUGUUUCCUGCCGGAGGAGAGCACGGUGAUCGGGGUUUACUGCUCGGCCGGCGCCUGCAUGCUGCUGCUGUUCCUGGCUCACUGUCUGUGGAUGAAAGGCCUGCUGCAGUGCCUCAGCCUCUGCCUGCUGGGGAAGCACAAGUAUCUGUGAACUACGUUACCCACAGUGCACCGGGACAGAGCUGUGAGAGUAGAGUUCACUGGACUUGAUAAAUGUGAAGUUCCUCUUCUGAACGGGUCGAUUUGUUUGUCCAAAUGUUUUUACGACACUGUGAAGGACACCACUAUAUGUUUUAAAUGUCUUAAAACGACUCAACGUUUAUCACUUGAUGUGAUUACAGCCUGUGAUGACACAAGCGGAGGAUGUGGGGGCCAAAUUGUAGUUAUAAAUCAUCACUGGUGUUUGUUUCACCUCCCCUUGGUGAGUGUGGGACGGGUGGAGCUUAGUGCAUCACGAAAAUGUAGCUUUUCAAUCACAGAAAAGUAAAUAACUGACUUUCCAACAGUUUUCCUGGGACUUGCUAAAGUAUCAGAGUGCACACAAACUGAACGAACCUGUACAACAAAUGUAAAUACGGUUGAACUGAAGGCGGUAAAGUCAGAUGUUGGUUUAUGUCUCUUCACUGUAAACACACUGAGCAUUUCACACUCUUGUGUCUUGAUGUCUGAUGAUAAUCAUGAUGUUUUUAUGACGCAUAUCUGAAUAUAUUUAUUGCUGACUUGUGCCAAAUGCUUGUGAGGGUUUUUGCCAAAUUGUUUCGGAUGAACUGUACAUAAUAAAUGAGAAUCUUAAGGUCAGUUUUAGAGUUACGAUCACCUAAAGGAAGAAAUAUUCAAUAUCAUGGGAUGUUCUACACCGUCGACUUUUCAAAACCUGGAAAUUGGCAGCAGAGAUGGACAAAACGUCAUGGUAACCAAAAGAAAUGAAUGUGAUUGAAGCACAAAAUGUGUAUUUGCAAAAACAGAAUCAUGUCAAAUAAAAAAAAAGUACAAAAUAUUGGGCACAUCUUCCUGAUAUGGAGUUACAGUUCCUGCCUCCAUUCGUCUCUAUACAUUUCCUUUAGGGCUGGACAAGAUGAAAAUAUUUACUGUGAGACUGCACAUUUGUUGAAAGUCUUGAGAUUUCAUAGACUUUCAUAAAA